AUGAUUCGGAACGGACACGGCUACCCCGCCCCGGAGCGCGAGCCUUCCCGGCGGACAGUGCGGGUGUGGUGCGAUGGAUGCUAUGACAUGGUUCAUUAUGGACAUUCCAACCAACUCCGUCAGGCACGGGCCAUGGGGGAUUACUUGAUCGUUGGUGUGCACACAGAUGAAGAAAUAUCCCGUCACAAAGGGCCGCCAGUCUUCACCCAAGAAGAGCGGUACAAGAUGGUGCGUGCCAUUAAGUGGGUGGAUGAGAUUGUGCCUGGAGCCCCCUACGUGACCACACUGGACACCCUGGACAAAUAUAACUGUGACUUCUGUGUCCACGGAAAUGACAUUACACUGACGGUGGAUGGUAAGGAUACCUAUGAGGAGGUGAAGAAUGCUCAGCGAUACAGGGAAUGCCAGCGCACUCAAGGGGUGUCCACCACAGACCUAGUAGGCCGGAUGCUGCUCAUGACAAAGGCCCAUCACAGUGUGGAAGCUACUCAAGAUUAUAAGCGACACCAAGACAACUUCGGUAAGGAUGCCAGAGGUCGCAGCCCAUGGACAGGGGUUUCUCAGUUCCUUCAGACAUCUCAGAAGAUUAUGCAAUUUGCUUCAGGGAAAGAACCUGAACCCGGAGAUACAAUAAUAUACGUCGCUGGAGCCUUCGAUCUUUUCCAUAUUGGCCAUAUAGACUUCCUAGAGAAGGUUCACAGUUUGGCUUCCAAGCCGUACGUCAUUGUGGGCUUGCAUUUCGAUCAGGAAGUCAACCUGUACAAGAGGAAGAAUUACCCCAUCAUGAACAUACAUGAGAGGACGCUCAGUGUCCUGGCCUGCAGGUACGUUUCAGAAGUUGUCAUUGGUGCACCAUAUUCUGUCACUUCCGACCUAUUGGAUCAUUUCAAGGUGGACCUGGUUUGUCAUGGAAAGACAGAGGUUCUCCCAGACAGGGAUGGAUCUGAUCCCUAUGCAGAGCCCAAACGCCGCAGUAUAUUCCGAACAGUGGACAGCGGAAACAACCUGACAACUGAUGACAUUGUACAGAGGAUUAUCAAAAACAGGUUGGAGUAUGAAGCUCGGAAUCAGAAGAAAGAAGCAAAAGAACUAGCGGUGUUGGAGGCACAGCAGAGACGGGAACGAAUCAUAGAGGGGCAAGAGAACUGA